AUGGCAAAGACAAGUUACAGAAGGGUCAGCAGUACUACACAGGUGGAAAAUGUCAGCUUUUUCUCCACUUUUUUAUUCCGAUGGAUGAACGAUGUUCUGAAGUCUGGAAAUGAACGGGCUAUCGAUGAAAAUGAUCUUUUAUCUCUUAACGAAGAAUGCACCGCGUGCUUUUUGACAGAUCAACUUCAAUCGAAAUGGACAGAUGAAACAGCGACCAGCAAAAGGCAUGAUAAACCACCAAAACUUUGGAAAAGUGUUUUGAAGAUGCUCACCACCAAGGAAGCAACGAUCCUCUUUGUAACUGUCACAGUGCCUCUAUUUUGUCGCGUUCUCCAACCACUGCUUCUUGGAUAUCUCGUGAAAUCUCUGAUGAUGGCAGAACUACAGCAUCAUUUUCUUCUCUAUGGCUGUGCUUUAGCACUCGGGAUCAAUGAAUUAAUCGGUUCUGUCUGUUGGCACCAAUUUGCCUACCGCUGUGAGGUCUUUGGUAUCAGAAUUAGCAGCGCCAUUAAAGGAUUAGUUUAUAUGAAGGUAACGAAAGAAAAAAUAUCAGGUGACAAGCAAGGACCAGCCUUAAGGCAUAUUUACAGCACUUAGCCCCGCGCAAACAGACGCAACAUUUUUGGCCAAUAACUUCCAACAUUGUUGGGUGUUGCAUGUUGCGUCCGUUUGCACACCCUGUUGCAUGUUGUUGCGUUUUGUUGGAAUUUGUUGCGUUCGUUUGCACGUAGCUUUCUAUUUCCUUCACUGUUACCUCAUUCUUCCUAGUUUGCAUUUUUUUUUUCCUCAGGUUCAUCCUGACAGAUUCUUUUACUCUUUUUUCUCUGAGAAGCAGAUCACCGAACGCCCUUAAAUGUGAAAUGUUAUCGCCAAGAUUCAACAUGAGUCUUUUUAUCAUUCUGUCAAUCAUAAAUGUGACGUCGUCGACGGUUAAUACGAACCACCCCCUCUAGGGGUUGGGUAGCCUGCGAAAACAUCCGUUUCUCCUCGCUCUUCGCCUCUGGGGACGUUUCGCUUGGAGGAACGUCUGCGACUCAGCGACAGAAAUUCCAUACUGAUGACGCAAAUCAAUGUUUACAUUAUAAAUCCGGUAGUCAUGAGGUCCCAAAUAUAAAUUUGACCAAUUUUACGUGUCUUCUGGUCGAUUUUGGUGGAGUGUUGUGUUCAUCUGCCAACGAGCUCCAGCAAAACUGAAAUGCUUCUUCAAGAGAAGAGUAUAUUCCACAAAUAUUGGCUGUUUUGUUUGAGAUUCUUCGCGUUUAGAUUUAACCUUUGUGGCCUCUUGUCUUUUGUCUGUCAUUCGUAAACAAUAGCUAAAACAAUGUAACUACUCCGUUGACCAAUAAGCGCUCCUGACCGGAUUCCGGACAGAUUUUACGUCAUCAGUAUGGAAUUUCUGUCGCUGAGUCGCAGACGUUCCUCCGCGCGAAACGUCCCCAACGGCGAAGAGCGAGGAGAAGCGAAUGUCCUCGCAGGCUAGGGGUUGGCGAUUGUUGUGACCACGCCCCACUCUUCGUUUUGUUUAGUUUUAUGUUUUGUUUGUUUGUUUUAAUUUAAUAUUUAAUAAGUAAUCAACAAUCGAUGAUUUGGUUAAUUUUCGACCCUUGACCAUGUAACCUUCUUUUAUUGCUUCUGUAGAGUAUUUACGAGGAAUACAUGAUUUUUUUUUUUGCAGACUCUUCUGCUCAGCAAGGAUUCAUUGCUGAGGAUUUCAACGGGCCGCGUGAUAGACCUCGUAUCGAACGAUGUUCAGCGACUGGAAGGCGAAACUUUCUGGGCAUUGUUCAAUGCAGCUCCCUUCUUUUUAGAGUUUUUAAUAUUAGGAUUUUUAGCUGUCUAUUUCAUCGGAUGGCAGGUUAUGGUGGGAUUUAUCUUCUUGUGUAUUCUUCUGCCAUGCUUUAGUGGAUUGUCCCAUGGUGGAGCUGUACUGCGCCUGCGAACAGCAUCGGUUUCUGACCGCCGCAUCUCGUUGAUCAACCAGGUUGUGUCUGGGAUCCGCGCCAUCAAAACAAACGCAUGGGAAGAUGAAUAUAGAAAAAAGAUAAAGAACGUGCGGAGGUAAGGAAAAUUGCAACCAGGGCUACCACUGAGCUAUUUCUUUCGAUCAAUAUGCCGUCGUUUUCCUGGCAACCUUUUUCUAGUCCUAUUUUGUUUUUUCGCCCCAUUUAAGGUAAUCCGAAUUCAGAAAUCCAAGAAAUUUAUUUUUUUAAAAUCUGGAAUUCAAGCUCCACUGACAACUGAAGGAAUCCAGAAUCCACAAUUGUGUGCCGGAGAAUCCAAGACUGUCUGGGGUUACCUUGCAUGGGGCGAGUUUUUGUUUCUGCAAUAAAGCCAACUGCUGCGGUUUAGCCUACAGCCGUCAGUGAUAUCGGUAUGGGUGAAAUGCUGGCUUUGCAUCCUUUGAUCCUGAACUCUGUUCUGUCGUACUUUGUAAUUAUAAUCGUCGCAAUUUGUAAUAGCUGUCGCACUUUGUAAUAACACUUGUCGCACUUUGUAAUAACAGACCAUAGCACUUUGUAAUGAAAUAAGCCGUCACACUUUGUAAUAAACUUGAAAUGGAUGGUCGGAGGACAAGUAAACCCACUAAUAACUAUCAUAAUCGACACCACCAACAACAAUAAUUAUUUUAAUAAAUACAGUUUAUUGGGCGAAACAAUGGAUUUGCACAAAUUUGCUUCUUGCAAAUAUGUCACAAAUAUGUGAACACUGAGGAGUAAAUAUAUGGCAAAGAUGGUAAAUGCCAAAGUUUGCAUACCAAAAAACAGGGGUUAUCAAUAUAAAUAACUAGGCAAAUGUGGCAUUUACCGUGUUUGCCAUAUGUUUACUCCUCGAUACUUUCCGACAAAUUUGCAAUGAGCAAAUUUGUGCAAAUCCAUUUUUUCGUCCCGUGAUGCGUGAGGAUAUUCAUGCCAGUCUCAAACGUAUUAGUUUCUUUUCUAGCCAACGAGUAGGGAUUUUAUAGUCGAAACACAAGCUAAGAAAGAGCAAAGAAACACAAAUAAUUGCCAAGUAGAUGCCUGUUUAAAUCCCAGCUCCAUGUCAUAGUGUCUACCUAGUUGAGAGAACGGAUAGGUUUCAGGUGUGGUUGCUGGUUAUCGUCGACUUUUUGUCAUUGCUUAUAAUUUCUUUUUCCUCUCACCUUCAGCUCCAUCCUCGUCCAUUUUUAAACCCUCAUUUAUUGUCAUUACUAUAUCAGUAUCAAUGAUAACAGAAGCGGGCUCUAAAACAACAAACACGAGUAGUUUCGAAACAGGAACUAAUAUCAGUAAGAAAAAAUAAGUGUUUGACAUUUCAUGUCUGUUUUCUUUAAAGCGAUGAAAUCCGUUGGAUCCGUAAGAAAAGUGGCAUUCUGUCGUGCUUUGCUGCUGUGGAAUACAUUUCAACACCAAUGGCGUCCCUGGUGACUGUUAUCACUCUUGUGCUAACUGGGCAGCCCCUAACACCAGUUAACGUCUUCAUGUUACUCUCCUUUAUCAAUCUGCUAAGAAUGAGUGUCAGUAUGGGUCUAUCUAAUUUUUUCCUCCUUUCAUACGAUGCUUACGUCUCACUCAGUAGAAUACAGGACUUCCUUCAUUUGAAUAAUCUACCACCAGCAAACGCCACGGAAAAUCAGAGAGAAGAAACUGAAAAAGUGAUUUUUCCUUCCAUCGUAGCAGAACUAACAGAACCAACUAUCUUACGAGUCAGAAACUUAACGAUACGACGACAGCUUGAUCAAAAGGAUGAGUCCGUUUUGCAAGGUAUCAGUUUCACCUCUAGAGAAGGAAGUUUAACAGCUAUAACAGGACCAGUGGGCAGUGGCAAAUCUACUCUUCUGUCAGCAAUUGCUGGCGAAAUAGCAGACAAAAACGGAGCCAUAACCUGCAAAGGAACUGUUGUUUAUGUGCCACAGAUUGCCUGGAUAUUCUCUGGAACUAUUAGAGAAAACAUUUUGUUUGGCGAACAGUACGAGAAAUUCAAGUACGACAGAGUCAUUGAAGCUUGCGCUUUGACCCAAGACAUUCAGGGUUUCCCAGAUUGUGACCAGACAAUUGUUGGAGAGCGUGGUGCGGUUCUAAGUGGAGGCCAGCGGGCAAGAGUAAACUUGGCACGCGCUGUCUACACCGAAGCAGACCUUUACUUGUUAGAUGAUCCCUUAACUGCUGUAGACUUUAAAGUUGGCCAUCACAUCUUUAUUGAAUGCAUCAAAGGCUUACUGGGAGGGAAAACCCGGUUGAUAACUUCCCAUCAAGAAAGGAUCAUGCGCGAAGCCGAUGACGUUAUUGUAUUAUCUAAAGGCCGGAUGUUGGGUAAGGGAAGUUUCACUGAGCUGAAAGAAAAUGGUAUUCUCAAUACAACUGUCGAUUCGCUGUAUGAGCAAGUGAAAGAAUCUGAUAAUGGCAUUGGAAAAGAAAGUGAGCAGGAAGAUCAAAUUUCUGACUUGAGAGGUGCAACUGCACCGCAUAACGUCGAGGGCCUGCAGCUAUCGGAAGAAGAUCGAGCUAUCGGGGUGGUUUCACCUAAACUUUACUGGAACUACUUCAGAAGCGGAGUACCUUUGCUGGUUAUCAUCGGAGGAAUUUGCUUCUGUUUUAUCACUCAAGGUAACGUGCAGAUUGUUGACUAAUUGACACACACAUCUCCAACGCGGCUUGCAACUUUAAGAACAUAAAACUGCCUGAGUUAUUCAAAUGCAGAACAAUUAUUUUAUGGAUAAAAUGUCCUUAAAUUCUGUUCUAAAAAGUUUAAAAUGAUAUUAGAGGUUUAUCAGAUGACUUUGAAUAGCCAAUAGAUAUCUAUCGCUAUUUGCUAUAUGUGCUGAAAAAAUGAUUAUAGGAGGAAUACCUUCAAUUAGCAUUCACAAUUAUAUGCGGAAUACCUUGAAUUGGCCUUCAUGAUUUUUUAUGGUCAUUUAUGUAGCACUCAUAGAACAAGCAGUGAAUAUAAAGCUCCCCAUUCCCUCUAUUGGCGAAUUACCAGUGAUUUACCGACUACUGCUUAUAUAUUCGUGAUUCACCCUUUUAUGUGUUUAAGAUGAAUUUGCUAAGAGGUUUCUUAUGUUGUUCUUCCCCUGUCUUCUGUUUAGCAAUCUUGGUUUCCUGCGAUGUUUGGCUGUCGUUCUUGACAACAAUGCGUUUGGAGGAUCUACGAAAUAAGAAAAACCUUAUCAUCUUUGGGUCUCUUGUUGGGGCAUCUUUCAUACUUCUCGUCGUUCGAGCGUUUGGCGUCUAUUUGGCAUUGUUAAGAUGUUCUGAGCGACUCCAUGAUAAAAUGGUUGUGGCUAUUCUACAAGCACCGGUCUUUUUCUUUGAUUCAAAUCCCGUAGGACGAAUCAUGAAUAGGUUCUCUAAAGAUGUAGGCUGCAUGGAUGAACUACUACCCGAAACAUUUUUGAAAUCCAUCCAGCUGAUUUUGGUAAUGUUGACGUCUGUUCUUCUACCAACUGCGGCAAAUCCUUGGAUUCUGCUUGCUAUUGUGCCAAUGACUGUGUUGACCGCUUUCAUUUCAAGAUACUACUUAAGGACAUCCAGGGAGCUACAAAGGCUGGAAUCCAUUUGUCGUAGUCCUGUUUAUUCUCACUUUUCGGAGACGCUUGAUGGACUCGAGACUAUUCGGACAAGGAAAAGGGAGAAAGAUUUCGUGGAUAAGUUUUGCAGGUAACUACUACUAGAAUAAGUUUCAACUAUAAUAAUAGUUAUUUGUUGCCAGAUUCCGGAGACUUUCAUGACUGCCUCUUCGCGAAAGAUACUGAAAGCGCCAGAGUAACGCUGGCAGUUUUUUGCCGGUUCGUCUCCUGGAAAGAGAAGUUGCCAAUGUCAGUUUAUAGGAACUCGUUCACAACAAUGUCUUUUCAAAGACCUUACCAUUUUAACAUUUGAAUUUGCAUGUGUUAAUUGUGAAAUUAAAUGCCAAUUUUGUUUCUUUUUUAGUUAUCAAGAUGUUCAUACCCAGUCGUUUAUUAUGGUAGUUGCCAGUAACCGUUGGCUCGGUGUUCGCUUAGAUUUUCUCUCCGCUCUGUUGAUUGGUGUAGUGGCUCUUGCUGCGAUUUUUGUGUCUCAAGAUGCUGGUAAAUAUAAUUUCAUUUUAUUAAAGGGGAAAACGAAAACACAUGUUUAAAUGGGUGACUUGAUUUUUUACACUUGAUAAAUUUCAUAGAGUGGACCACUCAUCUUGUACAUCUGCAAGCGGUGCCUGUUAAUGUGCCACUGCUGAAGAUAGAUGUGAUCUGAUAACAACAAUAACAAUAAGGCUUUCAAAGGAAAUAUAAUCCACUGGUAGUAUAAAAGAAUAUCAGUCAGGCCCAGAGUGUUAGGCCUGUUUCAAACGUCAUGCUUCUGCCGUUCUAAGCUGGCUCGACUUCAGCACUACUCUAUCGAAACUGCAACACGACUUGGUCUUAGACGUCGCCAGGAGGGAGGAGCCAUCUCUUAGGUAAACAUCUCCUCACUGAUCACUGCCAAGGUGACGUCACAUAGAGUAUCGGGUCGCUUGUGCAAAUAUGAAAGGGCACCGUAGUCAUUCGAACAAGAGAGGGCGGGAUAAGAUUUAUAGCUAGGCAAAUAUUGCAAUACAUCGCUUAUUUGAUCUUAAGUGCGCGAGGUUUGUUGUUGCCAUAGACGCCGUUUGAAGCUGGUGAAGCUGUGUUUAUCACGAAUUUAAAGUGAGGAAAAAUUAGCUUAAGCGCGUAUUUCAAAGCUAUUUUGCAUUAUUUCGAUCAAACUAGCUGUACUGAAUUUGGUGGAGAAUUCAGAAAUAAACAAAGGCUCACAAACGAAGGGAUUGAUGAGAAGUACGGUCGAUUUAAUUAGCGAAAGAAUAUAUGGAAUAUAAACGUUUGUGACCUGUGAAUUGAACCUCCUAUUCUGGAGACUAGAUAGUGUCUAUUUUAGAGAAAAAAAUGAACUAAUUUUUUAUGCCCUUGCUGGUCCCGUAAAGAAGAUGGCGAUCCGGCAACACGGCCUGCGACACAAAUUUGCAGAAUUACACAAUUACAAACACAAAAUACCAAAACGGUUUACACAACCAGAUUAAAGUAACAACAAAGCUCACACACGUAUGUUGAAAUUAGUGAUGUAUAGCAGUAUUUGCCUAGCUUUUAAUCUUUCCCCAACCUCUCUUGUUAGAACGACUAUGGUGUCCCUUGCAAAUUUGAACAAGCGACCCGAAGCUCUCAGCGGUUGCUAUGUUACGUCACAAUGGCAGUGAACAAUCGGUCACAGACAAACACAUGAAAACAAUAGAGAUGGCAUUUCCCUCCUGGACUUCGCAUUUAAGUCCGUCGAAUAAAAUAACAAGCGGUUUAGUGAACUUUUAUGAUGCAUUCUAAUAUAUUGAGCUCUGCACGGCAGUAGCACGACGUUUGGAACAGACCUUUGGUUUGCUGCACAUGCAAGGUCAACUUAUGGGCUAUAACAUCACAUCUAAUGAUGAUACGUUUCACCAAUUUGCGUUUCAGUUUUCGCUGGUCUUGCACUAGUUUACGUAGUGCAGUCUGUAACUCUGACACAUUACACUGUCCGGAAAUCAUCCAAGGUCGAAAAUUUGAUGACGUCAGUGGAGCGAGUUAUGACCUACACAGAGGUUGAACCUGAGCCUGGAUACCAAGUGAAACAGAAUGCCCCGAAAAUGUGGCCUGAUGAAGGAAAUAUAGCAUUCAAAAACGUAUACCUGACUUACUAUCCCGGGGGUCCCCAAAGUCUAAAGAAUAUCUCAGUUAACAUCAAUGGAGGAGCUAAAAUUGGCAUUGUGGGCCGCACUGGCGCAGGGAAAUCUUCUUUUGUGGCAGCACUAUUGCGCAUGCCUGAAGCUGAUGGAGAUAUAUUGAUUGAUAAUGUCAGUAUAAGGAGUCUCAGCCUUCAAGAAUCUCGGCGAGCAAUAAACGUUCUUGGCCAAAAUCCUGCUCUUUUUAGCGGAUCGGUAAGAAGAAAUCUUGAUCUGAUUGGACAAUUUCAAGACGCAGAACUUUGGCGAGUUCUAGAGCAGGUGCAAGUGAAAAAUCUUGUAGAGAAAUUGGAAGGUCAGUUAGAUCAUGAAUUGCUGGAGCACGGUGCAAAUUUAAGUGUUGGAGAACGGCAACUUAUUUGCUUGGCUCGCGUCCUGUUGCACCAAAAGAAAAUCGUCAUUUUGGAUGAGCCAACUGCACACGUUGAUCCAGACACAGAACAAACAAUCUGGAAGACAGUGCGUGAGAAGCUGAAGGAUUCCACGAUUAUAACUAUAGCACAUCGUUUAGACACAGUAAGAGACUGUGACAAGAUUUUAGUUUUGAGAAAUGGAGAAGUUGAUGGGUUUGAUAGAUUUGAUAUCAUUAUGAAAGCGAAGAAAGCACUUCGAGUUUAA